AUAAUCUCCCGCGAGAUCCAUCGUAGCCGUAACCGUAACCAACAUUUUCGGGUCGGGUUAGAUCCAUUUUCUUUCAACCCAAAUCAAACACUGUACUAGAUUGUUGUUGAUCCUUCUUUGUUCCGUUUAACGAUUCAAAAAACAAAACCUAUUUUCCAAACAUAGCCAUUGUCGCUGUCAUUCCUUGUCGUUUAGCUGUAAUAACAGCAAAUUUUCUAUGUUUCGUUUAAGGAAGUUGCUACAUUGAGUUUUCAAGCAAGCAAAAAACAACAAUGUGUUUGUUUGGGAUUUAGUUUUUUAAAUAGAAAAAGUUUAGAUCUAAUCCAAGCCUCAAACUCUGAUUCUGAGUUUGUGGUUUUCGCUUUUCUGAAACGCGCUUUUUUAAAACGCGCUUUUUUUUUGGCAUAAUGGGGGAAAAGAGGUCGAAAGGAGGAUGUUGCGGUUGGUUUAUUGCGCUUGUGAUUCUGGCUCUUGUGGUUGGUGCUGUUGUUUAUACUGUUAAGAAGAAGAUUGAUAAUGCGGAUUCUGAUAAACCGGCUCCGGUUCCGGGUCCUCCUGGUGCAAUUGAACAGAGAUAUGCUUCUGCUCUCAAAAUUGCAAUGCAGUUCUUCGAUAUACAGAAAUCUGGCAAGUUAGAGAACAACAAAAUAAGUUGGAGAGGGGAUUCAGCUCUUGAGGAUGGAAAGCAAGCAAAAAUAGAUCUUUCAAAAGGAAUGUUUGAUGCCGGAGAUAAUAUGAAGUUUGGUUUUCCAAUGGCUUUUACUGCCUCGGUGCUAUCAUGGGCGAUUCUGGAAUAUGGAGAUCAAAUGGAUGCUGUUGGACAAUUGGAACCAGCUCAAGAUUCGCUCAAGUGGAUCACUGAUUAUCUCAUCGAGGCUCAUCCUUCGGAGAAUGUUCUGUAUAUUCAGGUCGGUGAUCCCGUUGCAGAUCACAAGUGUUGGAGUAAACCUGAGUCAAUUACCGAGGAACGACCUCUCUUACAAGUGAACACAUCCUCUCCUGGAUCAGAUGUUGCAGGUGAAACUGCAGCAGCCAUGGCAUCAGCAUCUUUGGUUUUCAAAAAGACGAAUCCUACAUAUUCAGGCACUCUCCUCAAGCAUGCAAAACAGUUAUUUACUUUUGCGGACGAUAAUAAGGAGCUUUACAGUGUGAGUGUACCUGAAGUCGCAACAUAUUAUAACUCAACUGGAUUUGGUGAUGAGCUUUUAUGGGCAGCUACUUGGCUCUAUCAUGCUACAGGUGAGGAUUCUUACCUUCAGUAUGUGACUGGCCAAAUGGGAGACGAUUAUGCUGAAUAUGGAAGCCCAACCUGGUUCAGUUGGGACAACAAGCUCGCCGGAACUCAGGUUUUGCUAUCUAGAAUAAGCUUCUUCAAAGCAAAGGGUCUUUCAAGUUCAUAUGGUUCUGGCCUUCAAAAAUACCGGAAAUCUGCUGAGGCUGUAAUGUGCGGCCUUCUUCCAAAUUCUCCAACAGCCACACAAAGCAGAACUGAUAAUGGUUUGAUAUGGGUGAGCGAAUGGAACGCUUUGCAGCAGCCUGUUGCAUCCGCAUUCUUAGCUUCUAUUUACAGCGACUAUAUGCUUACGUCGCAAACUCCCAAAAUAAAAUGCGAUUCAGAGUCCUACACCCCAAAAGAUCUUCGAAACUUCGCCAAAUCUCAGGCUGAUUACGUGUUGGGCAAGAAUCCUUUGCAUAUGAGUUAUCUGGUGGGAUAUGGAAACAAAUUCCCGAAAUUCGUUCAUCACAGGGGCGCAUCAAUUCCUGCUAAUGCAAAAGUUGGUUGCAAAGAUGGCUUCAAAUAUCUGGAUUCACCUGAUCCAAAUCCCAAUGUAGCUACUGGAGCACUCGUUGGCGGACCUUUCUUAAACGAUACUUACAUUGAUUCUCGGAACAAUUCUAUGCAAGCAGAACCAAGCACGUAUAACAGCGCUGUCAUAGUUGGUCUCUUAUCAAGUUUAGUCACGACUUCUUCGGCGGUUCUAUCACUUUCCUAAACAGUAUUCUAUGUUCUCAAUUUCACUUGAAAGAAUUUUACUCGAAUUUGAGUUUUGCGUAGCUUUAUUCAUUUCCUGAUCAUCGCGUAUUCUUAGUGUAUUGAUCAUGAUAUUGUAACUACACGAUCGAUUUUAUGAGUGUGUGAACUUUUGUGUCUGGAUAGGUUAGUUGUUAAUGUAUAUGGAUGAAGUUUGAUUUAGAGUUGUUACCUCAACAGCUUUGGGAUGUUGUGCUUCUUAGUAGAAUAUGUUUGAUUGUUGUU